AUGAGCAAUACAAACGCUUCCAAUUCAGCGAAUACCUCCAUCACCUCUGACACCCUGAGCAAUGAACACAGUCCCGUGUGGAGUAUCCCGUGGGAGGGAGAGAACACCUUUACAGCCCCUUCCAAGCCAACCGGUUGGGAUAUUCAGCAACUCCAAUACUCGUGGCGUCGAAAAGCGACUCCAAACACUCCCAACGUCUCUCCGUUUAAAGAAGACAUUAGUCUGGAGGAUCUUCUCCGAAAGAAAAGCCACAUCUUACAAAAUAUUGCUCAACAUUAUUCACGACUUGUAGGACUGAUGCAGGAGGAGCUUGACAUCACCGGCAUUGAACCGGAGGGCUACGCGGAAUCGAUGCGGUUUUACAGCAAAGCUGUCGAUGACUAUGAGUGCUUCCAGAUAUUCACCGAUUCUCUGGUCGUCACGGUCAGUCAAGAAGUGGAAGUCAAUGCUGGUAAGUGGUCAGAUGGUCAGGCAUUCACCUCCCAUGAGUAG